UUAAUUGUAUAUGCAAUUCUAGCAUUUAUAGCAUCAUUUGUAUAGCACUUGCUAGUUUAAUAAGGAUUUUAUUUUUUAAAAACUUUCAUUUGACAUGAUUGAUCUAAAACGGCCAAAAUUCACAAAUCUAUUUAAAUCACAACCUGACCUUAUGUCAGAAAAGUGCCACUGUGGGUUGAUAUUUUUCUCUUGGAUCUUGAAAGAAAUUCUUUAUGCAGCAGUUUCCAAAUAAAAUGCACUCUCAUGGCCAGGGUGGGACUUCACCGAGAACUUUUUAACAUUGCACAAUGCAAUAUUUGUGGAUUAGAAGCUGUUGCAGUUUCUUUAAGUUUUCUCUCACAUCUUGUUAUAAUUAUAUUUUUGGUCGGGUUGCACAAUGUGCAAACAGUUUAUAAAAUGCAGAAUGACUGGUGGGCAAGCGACAAUAGCGUCCCUGUAAUAGUACCUACUUUGUGAAAUCAACUCCUUUCACACCUCUCACUUGAUGUUCCUCAAACUUUGUACAGUUGUUAGGGAUACAUCGAAGAUGUGCGUGUACCUUUUUGAAAGUGAUCAGACAUUUUUUGAAAAAUUUACAUGUAGUUAAACUUCGUCAUUUUUUAAGCAUUUCUUUAAUCGACAGUAUCUAUUUUGUGUAAUUAACUCCUCGUAUACCUCUAAUUUGACAUUCCUCAAACUGUGUACAGUUGUUAUGAAUACAUUGAAGAUGUGCAUAUGUGUUUUUGAAAGUGAUCAGACAUUUAAAAAAAAAAAUGUACAUGUAGUUGAACUUAAGUCAUUUUAAAGCAUUUCUUGAAUAGAUGGUAACUAUUUUGUGUAAUCAAAUCCUCAUGCACCUCUAACUUGACAUUCCUUAAACUUUGUACAGUUGUUAUGAACACAUUGAAGAUGUGCAUGUGUCUUUUUGAAAAUGAUUAGACUUUUUUUUUUUAAUUACGUGUAGUUGAACUUGUUAUUUUUUAUGCAUUUCUUGAAUGGAUGGUACCUAUUUUGUGUGAUCAACUCGUGCACAUCUAAAUUGAUAUUCCUCAAACUUUGUACAGUAGUUAUGGACACAUUGAAGAUGUGCAUGUGUCUUUUUGAAAGUGAUCAGACUUUUUUCAAAAAAAUUACAUUUAGUUGAACUUUGUCAUUUAUUUAAAGCAUUUCCUGAAUAGUUGGUACUUAUUUUUUGUAAUCAACUCCUCUUACAGCAUUUAUUUGACAUUCUUCAGACCUUGAACAGCUGUUAUGGAAGCAUUGUAAAUGUGCAUGUGUCUUUUCGGAAGUGAUCAGGCAUUCUUUGAAAAAUUUACAUGUGCAUGGUGAAGUUGAACUUAGUCAUUUUUUUAAGCAUGGUACUUUAUGUAACCAACUCAGCUUUUACUUAACAUUUUCCAAACCCUGUACAUUAUAGAUGUUAUAAAAACAUUGAAGAUUUACAUCUAACAUUUUAAAAAUGUUUCUUUUUUUCUUUUCUUUUUUUGUUGAAAAAUUCUACCUUUAAUUUGUCAUUUUUCCAGUAUGUUUCUACUGUUGUUCCUAUGAUAGAUAACAUAUUUUACAAGAACCUGGUCAUUUCUGUUUUUGAAUCUCUCUUUUUUUUAAUUAGUAUUUUUGAAUAUGUUAAUUACUUGAUAUGCCAUUGUUCUUGAAAUUAUAUUAAUUGAAUUAUUAUUGUGUUUUUGUUUUGUAAUAUGACAGUUUAUAUAGGAUCCCUUAAUUUCGAGCAGAUAGUGCCAGAAGUGUGCCGCAAGUUUGCCGCAAACUGUGUGCCGGAAGUGUGCAGCAAGAGCGUGCCGCAAGUUUGCCGCAAACUGUGUGCCAGAGGAAAAAUUUGCAUACGAAAAGUAUACUUGCGGCAAAUAUGCCGCACACUGUGUGCCAGAAGUGUGUGCCGCAAGUUUGCGCAAACUGUGUGCCAGAGGAAAAAUUUGCAUACGAAAAGUAUACUUGCGGCAAAUAUGCCGCACACUGUGUGCCAGAAGUGUGCAGCAAGUGUGUGCUGCAACUGUGCCACAAACUGUGUGCCAGAGGAAAAAUUUGCAUACGAAAAGUAUACUUGCGGCAAAUGUGCCGCAACUAGUUGCGGCAAACUUGCCGCAAAUGCGCUGCAAAUUUGCAGCAACUGUGUGCCAGAGGGCUUAUAUUUUGGUAAGGGAAAUACGAGAAUCUUUAUCAGUCUGAACUGACCUCAUUACAUUGACGGAAAUAUCAUACCAGUGAAGAAUGCGGGUCAGUAUUAUAAUUUGUGUAUUGGUGAAUAUUUGGGGUAUGGCAGUUAGCGAAGACAGGGUGUACACGGAAGAAUUCGUAAUGAACCUUGUUCAGAGGAUGGAUCGUCUGGAACAGGAAUUAUCUCUGUUCAAGAAAGAAAGCAUUGCCAACAUCCGGGAACUUCAGACCAAACUUCGACAGUCUAGCCAGAGAGCAGACGAGCUGGAGAGCAGGUUGGAGAGGCACCAGGCCGUUGUAUCGAGAUGGGUGAGUGACCAUGAAGGCACCAUGGAUGAAGUUAAUUCACCUGAAUCGGAAAAGCAAAAUUCGAGCAACACAAAUCAAGAUCGUAUCCAAAGACUUUUGAUUCCCUCAAUUCCCGACACUACAACCCAAUCGAGCACCCUUCCUGUUGCUUUCUAUGCGCACGCAUCUGAUCAUCAGACGGGAUUGGGUACUGGACAGACUAUUCACUACAAAACAGUUAUCACUAACGCUGGAAAUGGAUUCGAUUCCAAAAUCGGGAUAUUUAAGGCACCUGCAGCAGGGUACUACUAUUUCGCGACAACUUUGGUCAGUGGUCAAGGCGAGACUGUGAGAAGUAGCAUCGUUCACAAUAGCCAAGACGUUGCACAUGUGUUCGCGGGAAAUGAAGGGACAUACGGGUCUGGUUCUAACUCUGUUGUCCUCUAUUUGAAUGUAAAUGAUGACGUGUGGACCAGGGUAUCUAUUGACACAAAUGCUCAUGUAUAUGCCGAUUCGUGGUGUACAUUCUCUGGGUUUCUGAUUUCAAAUUAAAAGAAAAUUGUCAAGAA